UUUUCUUUUGCAAUGGAGUCUUCCUUUUCCUUACGGGGGUCGUCACAGCGCGUCAUCCUUUUCCAUAGGAAGGGCAGCGGCGCUGAGGCAGAGGCAAUGACGGAGGACACGGACACGCUGCUUGACCUGCUCAGUUGCCCGCACUCGCCGUGGCACCACGACGAGCCGUGGAGCCCGCAGGCCGCCGCCCUCCAGCGCGUGGCCGUAGUGGAGCCCGAGCGACUUGACGCCGACUUUGUGUGCAGUUACUUCCGGAAGCUGCGCAUCGUCGACAAGGACGUGUCUGUGAUUGACAACUUUCUGCUGAAGUUCUGCAACCUGCAGGAGCUCGUGCUCAGCGCCAACCGCAUCUGCGAGAUUUCUGCCGACAACCUCCCCAGAACGCUUAAGGUAUUGGAGCUGCGUGCCAACCAGCUGUGUGCUUUGGGCCGCCUCGCCAUCUCUCCGCCCCCUCGUCUUCAGUACCUUGGCCUUGCCGCCAACCACCUGGGAUCCCAUCGAGAUGUCACCCAGCUCACGGGAAGACAAUGGCCUGAGCUGGUGUGUCUGGACCUGAGCGAGUGCGACUUCGGGGAGCAGCGCCCCCUGCUAAAGGCCCUGGGUACGCUUCCAUGUCUGCGGACCCUGGUGCUGGAGGGCAACCCGUUCACGUUGGCGCCCUCGUACCCAGGCUUUGCCGUGGACGCCCUGCCCCGCCUCUCCUACCUGGACGCGGCGUGGAUCGCCCCCGAGGAGCGACACCGAUACCGCGGGAUGGCCAGGAUGAGCCACCUUCUGGUGGACUGGGCUUCAGCCACAGUGCGCGUGGGCCGGAUGCAGGGCAUUCCGGACCCGCUGUUGGACGAGGACCCCGAUGCUCCAGAAUUCCCUGUGGUCAGCUACAGCUAUGUGAUCUCGUACAUGUUCUAUAGUCACCAAACCACCGCCUACCAGGAAGUUGUGGGUGGUGGUGCAGCGAAGAGUCAGGACCAGGGUCAGGACCAGGGUACUGGACAAACUCAGACACCUAACAAGAAGAGUGAAAAAGAGACUGUGGUGUCCAACGUGGCAGAAGGAAGCCAGGAACACUCCUCCUCCACUGAGUCGAGACACAGCACUUCGUCGCAGCCGUGGGCGGACUGCGUUGACUUCGACGAUGCGCUAACGUUCGUCGUGCGAGACCUGAGCGGCUUCAAGAAAUUCCUCCACCGAGGAUUUCGAGUUUUUAUCGAGCAGGAAAAGAUCCUGUCGUGGCCUGCGGAAGCCUCAGACGAAGCCGGUCAAGGCGGCGUGGACAAGAAAGGGAAACAAGCCAAGGUGAAAGACAAGCGAAAGAAAGCUGUGGUGGAGCUGGUUGCGGAUCCACCCAUUGCCACAGUGGUGGCAUCCUCUCACGUGUCACUGCAGGGCCUUCUCUACAGACACCAAAAAGUGGACGUCCUUUGCGAUUUUGGCUGCCUGCACAAAGAUCCUCCGAAGGAAGAUACUCCAAUAAUGGACGAGAACAUCAUCAUGGACAACAAAGCCAAGGAUGAAUCCAAGAAGAAGGGAGGAGGCGCAGGAGGGGUGCGUGCAGGAAACAAGAAACCACCAACUACCAAAGGUGUACCUAAUGUUCUGUGCACUAUGAAGAUGAGCCGAGCUUGCUACACUACAGUCCUCCUCCUCCUCCUCCUCCAAGGUACGCGCAGAGGAAAAGGCAGUGAGGAGCGCGACGCCGCCACACCCACCCAAGCCGAGACGGCCACGGUGGAGCUGAGCGUGGAGCUCAAAAAAUGGCGCCACGCCUCCAAGGUGGCGCCACUCACGCCCGCCAACUUGUGAGCCAAGACGUACUCUCUCCUUAAUUUCAACACACACCUUUUAUUCAUUUGUACAGAAAAGCCAAAGUAGAAAGAACAAGCCAGGAAGUGCUUUCAAGUGUUCUGCCUGCAUGCACCCGAUCAAAUUUCAAUAAAAAACUAUUUCCAGGCAUAGUAAAAUUCACUAUGGCUCCCCAACUGUCACGCCAUUGUCUUUCUUUAUAGAAUCAUUUUUAAAAAUAUUUAGAUAUCUAUAUAUACACACUAGUCACAAAAGGUUUAGCUAUUGGGCUUUGGGGUGAAAUUUCUUGGACCUAAUACGCACUACAAUCUUUACAGAUGAACUUAACCUGCUUUCUGUGACUCCUCCAGUCUCUGUUGGAACCUGCUAAUGACA